GCGGGCCGACCGGAACAGCUGUCAGGAGGCGCGCGGUCUGGAGGCGGCGGCGGCGGCCCCGGGAGCGAGUGUCUCCGGCCCGCCCGAGAUGGUCCGGGGCGUCGCGGGCUGGGGCUGCUUCUGGCUGUGGUGCUCCACGUGUGUGCUGGCCCACGGUUUGCGCAUCCAUGAGUAUCUGUACUUCCAAGUGCUGAGCCCAGGGGACAUUCGCUACAUCUUCACUGUCACUCCUGCCAAGGAUUUUGGGGGUGUCUUCCACACCAGGUACGAGCAGAUCCAGCUUGUCCCAGCCGACCCCCCGGAGGCCUGUGGACCGCUCAACAACGGGUUCUUCAUCCAGGACCAGAUUGCCCUGGUGGAGCGGGGGGGCUGUUCCUUCCUCUCCAAGACAAGGGUGGUGCAGGAACACGGGGGUCGAGCAGUGAUCAUCUCUGACAACGCAGCCGACAAUGACAGCUUCUAUGUGGAGAUGAUCCAGGACAGCAGCCGCCGCACGGCGGACAUCCCCGCUCUCUUCCUGCUGGGCAGAGAUGGCUACAUGAUCAGGCGUUCCCUCGAACAGCACGGCCUGCCCUGGGCUAUCAUCUCCAUCCCUGUCAACGUCACCAGCAUCCCAACCUUUGAGCUGUUGCAACCACCUUGGACUUUUUGGUAGAAGAGACACCGGGUCCCCCGACCUCAAGACUCUGCACUGGGAGAAAAGGAGGCGCCAGAGCCUCUAGCUUCCGCUGCUUGAGGCCAGCCAGCACUGGGGGAAGGGAGCCUGGGACAUGCUGAGUGAAAAGGGGGCUCCCAUCCUCUGCCUUGGCUAAACAGAUGUACCACUGACCUCUUCUCUCCAUACCCUGCCUCACCCAAGGUCCCAGGCCUCUGGGGGACAGUGCCCAGAGAUGCCAUGGGCUGGACCAGUCACAGGCUGGGUGGGGCUAAGGGACCAGGGAGGUGGGGGCAGAGAACAGUGCUGUUCUGCUGAGGGAGGAACAAAGGGGGAAGCCCCUUCCCUCACCCCCCUGGGCAGCCACCACUGUUAGCACAAUAAAGCCUUCCUAGAUUUGUA